CUCAACCAUUUCCGCAUGCUCUCCUUUUUCCCUCUCCAGAAAAACGCUUUUCCUUUCCCUUUUACACUUUAGCCCUCAGCUCGGGACACACCAAACCUAACAUCUCUGUCUAUCAUUCGAUUCAAAACCCUAAAUUAAAAAUUUAAGAGAUUUCAAUUGUAUAGAGGAUCGUUUCAUUUGGAGCUCAAAUUGAAGCGUCAAAGUGAAACCGUGAGUCCAAAUUCUCUCUAGAAACCCUAAUUUUAUCUCUCUUAAAUUAUAAGCUUAGUUGUUGGUGCUGUAGGAAUGGACAAGUGUGUUCCUACUUGCUUCGGUGUUUUGUGCUAAAAAGAGACUAUCUUGGGAUUUGUUGAGUUUGGUGUUUCUUGAUCUUCUGUGAAUUUGCUUGUAAAAUGUGAGAUUUUAAGCUGUAUUAGGUUGUUGAUAGAAAGAGAAGGAAAGGUUUUGUGUGUGUGUGUGUGUGUGUGUGUUUCAUUUUCACUGGCUUAUGUAUUCUUUUAUACAUUUAUUUGCUUUCUUCUUUGGCUUUGAAUGUUUGGUCCUGAAUUCGCAAGAAAAACUCAGUCAAAAUGGACUUUAAUGAGUCUCCAGUGAAUUAUGAUUUUUUCGGAGGUCUGCAGCAAAUUAGUAGCCAGCAUCCUGGCAUGCUGCAAUCUUUGCCGAGACAGCAGUCUGGGAUUAGUGACAUGCAGCUAUUACAGCAGCAGUUUAUGCUUAAGCAAAUGCAAGAAAUGCAGAGGCAGCAACAACUUCAGAAGCAACAAGAAGCAAGGAAGCUGAAUUCAAUUAAUCAAGUUGCGGCUUUUGCAAAACAGGCAGCUGCCAAUCCCUCACAGGCUUUGAUCAAUGGCAAUCCUAUUCAUGAAACAUCUAAUUAUUCAUGGCAGCCUGAGCUCAUGGAAGCUAACACAAGCUGGCCGCAGCCAGGUGCUUCGCCAGUUAUGCAAGGAUCCUUUAGAGGACACGUGUUUUCCCCUCAGCAGAACGAGGGAACACCAAGCUUGAUGGGUAUGGUACCUCAGCCAGUUGAUCAAUCUCUUUAUGGUGUCCCUGUCCCUGGAACAAGAGUCACUCCAAGCCAGUAUCCUCCUGUCCAAAUGGAUAAGCCGUCAAUGCAGCAGAUAUCAAGCAGCAGUGAUUCCUUAACAAGCAAUCAGUAUACUGGAUUUCCAAAGCAGGUUAGUGUGCAGGAUGGACCUUUGGUUUCUAGACUGGGAUAUCAGGGGAAAAAUAUGAUUGCUUCUUCUGAUGGUCAGGGUAUAAAUACUGGAUUUAAUUUGGAAAACUUGCAGCUAGUGAAUCACCAGCAAAAUAAUGGGCCACAGCAAGAAAUUUGCACUAAGCAAGACCUGGGUGGUCUAUCAGAAACAUCACAAGAGGAAACAGCGAUACAGGUUGCUCCUUCCCAGGAUGUGGCUACCCUAGAUCCAACUGAGGCAAAGAUUUUGUUUGGUUCAGAUGAUAAUUUGUGGGAUGCCUUUGGCAGGGGUACCAACCGGGGUUCUGGAGGUUGCAAUAUGUUGGAUGAUACAGACUUCUUCUGUUCAUUGCCUUCUGUGCAAAGUGGGAGUUGGAGUGCUCUUAUGCAAUCUGCUGUCGCAGAAACUUCUAGUGGCGAUACAGGGCUUCAAGAAGAGUGGAGUGGUCUGACUUUUAUAAAUAGUGAACCUCCAGCUGAUAAUCAGCAGACUCCCUCUGUGAAUGCUAGUAGCAAACAUCAGUCAAAUUGGGAUGGUAAUAGCUUGCAGUCUGCAUCUUCCUUGAACUCUCAACCCUUGCCUUUGUCUCAUGAUGCCAAUACAGGUAUGAAUUAUCAUAAUAUCCCAGGGGCGGCUCAGCAAUCUGGAGUCAACACUUCACAUGAACGCAUGGAGAGGUUGCAGUCUGUUUCUCCUCAUAGACAUAUUCAGCAGUUUCCGGAAGAUGGAACCAAGUGGUCUGAUACGAGCCUCAUGCAAAAAGCAGCUGUUGAAGGCAGUCAUUUUUAUGGAAAAGCUACUCAUUCUACUGAUGCAGGAUCAAAUGCUAAAAGCAUUCCAGGUUCUUGGGCAAAUCAACAGGGCAUGCAAUCAUAUAGCUCCAACGGUCAACCAUUAAAUAGUCCAAGUGGCUGGAACUUUAUGGGUUCCGUGUCUCCUAGAACUACUGUUGCUUUCAAAAACCAGGGAAAUGAAAACACAUUCCAAGAUUCUCAUAAUGUUGAUAAAAAAGGUCCUAUGUUUGAGGUGAUGGGUGACAGUGCUGGUAUAUGGAAGACUAAUUCAAUUGCUGAAUUGGAACAUGCAAGAUCUGCAAUUGGAAACCCACAGGUCAAUCCUCUAGUUCCUCCAUCCCAGCAAUUGCUAAUUCCAGAACAUGCCUUUUCUUCCCACGGCCCUUCACUAGCAACUGAUUCUCUCAAUUCAACUCAAGUCAUUUCAAAUACAGGUGAGAAGGGACGUGCAUUGUUGGCUCCUACAUCCUCUGUUCAGUCUUUACCUCCUUCACGUGAUACAUCUCAUGGACAUUUGAGGAAUACUACUCCUGGCACCUUGGUACAUGCUGGCAAUAGUGCCCAAGGAAAGUUUUCUACUGCCUUUCCCCCUGGUUUUCCUUAUUCGAAAAGUCAUCUUCCAAAUCAGCACAUGCCUGAUACAGGAGGACGAGCAACUGCCUGUGAAUCUGUUAAUGAAUCUUUUGAUAGAUUUUCUUCUCAACCAAAACAUACAGAAGAGUCUUUUGAGAGAGGUCAAUUGAAUCAAUCAGCGGGGCCAUUGGUUCAUGACACAUCCAGGCAUACUUCACAUGAUGAUUUUGCCUCUUCUACUGAGAUGCCCCAGCCAAGUGAUGACCAAAACCAUGCAAGAGAUUCUGCUCAACAAUUCCCAGUGCUGGAAGCUUUGCCAGCCCCUCAGCGUUAUGCUUCAUCACAAGAUGGUUUUUCUUCAAAAAUGCCACCUACUUUGUGGACCAGUGUUCCAUCUCAGCUACAUCCAUUUGGCACUCAGUCGUUUCAGACUGGACCCAAUAUGUUUAAACCCAAUAUUCAAUCACAUAACAGUUCAGGGAUAACUUCCUCUCAACCACAGAAGCUAGAUGACCAAAUUAUGCAAAAUGGAGGGAGCAGUCUAGCUGAAUCUGGUGAAUGUUCUAUGAAGUCACAUGGUUUUGUUGGGAAAGAGCAACCAGCAAAAGGAGACCACUUGCAGCAAGUUCUACCUGAGAAUGAUCGAGCCCAGAAGACAAUGAGUGAUUCACAUGAGAAAGAAUCUGUUGUGAAUCAUCUUACUGAAACACCUGCUUCAAACCUAACCAGUACUCAGAAACAAAUUGAAGCUUUUGGCCGAUCUUUGAAACCCAAUAAUAUUUUGUAUCAAAAUUACUCCCUGCUGCAUCAAAUGCAGGGAAUGAAAAAUGCGGAGGUUGAACAUGUUAAUAGAAGUUUGAAAAGAUUUAAAAGUCUUGAUGGUUCUGUGGAUGCUGAUUUGGUAGCUGCUCAGGGAGGUCAGCAGUUUUAUAGACACAAUAAUCUGGUCAGAGAUGCUCCAGCAAAUCACACUUCAACCUCCCCUGGACAUUCCAAGAUGCUAAGCUUUUCAGCAAAAACAGCAGAUAAUCAGGAGAUAAAUGCACUUUCUAAUGAUAUGCUUGCAUUUGGUCAGAAUGAUUUUCAGCAUUUCACCAAUAGCAAUACUGCGGUUUCUGUCAGAGAUGAGCAUUCUCAAAUGAGUAACCAGAUGGCUUCAUCCUGGCUUGAUCAUUAUGAAACCUUUAAAAAUGGACAGAUAUUACAAAUGAAUAAUGCACGAAAAGCUGUCACUAUGAGGCCUUCAGAACUUUCCUCCACAUCUGGAAGACCUUAUGAAAGAUCACAUGCUCAUAAUUUACUUGAGCAAGGAAAUGCUGUUGCUGCUAGUCAAUUUGGUAUUAUUCAAAAAAGUUCAAUUGAGAAUUUCUCCACCCCUCAGUCAUUGCAGCCUGAUUCUGCUGAUGUGAGUUUGGUGGUUAUGAGACCGAAGAAGCGUAAAAGUGCCAUAUCCAAGCUUGUACCGUGGCAUAAGGAAGUGACACUGGGUCCUCAAAGACUUCAUAAUCUCAGUGCAGCAGAAGUGGUCUGGGCUCUGGCAGCAAAUAGAUUGACUGAGAAGGUGGAAGAUGACGAUGAAAUGGUAGAUGAUGGACUGCCGGUCCAUAGAUCAAAGAGAAGGCUUAUAUUGACUACACAGCUUAUGCAGAUUCUUCUCCAUCCUCCUCUGGCAUCAAUUCUUUCCGCAGAUGCUAUUUUACAUUAUGAGAGUGCUGCGUUCUUUGUUUCCAGAUCAACACUAGGAGAUGCAUGCAUCACACUCUCUUGUACUGGAAGUGAUACUCCUGCGCCUUCUAACAGUGGAGACCUCCUGCCUGAGAAGAUAAAAACAUCGGAGAAGAAUAGGGAUCAGUACUUCUCAAAGGUCACAGAAGACCUUAUCAGUAGGACGAGGAAGCUGGAGAAUGAUUUGUUGAGAUUGGAUAAAAGAACAUCAGUUUCAGACCUGAGAGUGGAAUGCCAAGAUCUAGAGAGGUUUUCUGUUAUCAAUCGCUUUGCUAAGUUCCAUGGCCGGGGUCAAACUGAUGGGGCUGAGAGCUCAUCCUCCUCAGAUGCAUCUGCAAAUGCUCACAAAUCUUGUCUGCAGAGAUAUGUUACUGCACUACCCAUGCCUAGGUUUCUUCCUGACAGGGUACAAUGUCUUUCACUUUGAUAAUUGAUUAUCUGAUUUUCCCUCUUCAUGGCCAAUUUCUCCACACGCCGCGUACUUCUUUGAUUGAUCUUCUUCUAAGCUGUAUGCUGGCCCUUGCUUACAAGAUAGACCUUACAAUAGGAAUGUAGGAGGUUGGAUGCUAAUGUCUCAUUAAAAAAAUGGAGGCUGUUAGAUCUUUUAUUAUAGGCCAUUGAUUUCAUUCUUGAGAAAUAUGAUCUGGUCUUGUAUACUUCGUUGAAUGUGUAGAGAUACAUUGGGGUUCUUAAGCGGGACAAGUCUAAGGGAACUUUAUGAAA